ACAGUUUACCGACCAGUACGCAACGAGUUUCGUGACGAGUAAGUACAAGUACAGGUUCCUGGAGAAAUGAACAGAACACAGUUUCGAUGCUCCAAAUCGGAGAAUCUCGUACGUUGGUCAGUGAUUCUGUUGUUUCUGGCCGUGAGUGGUCUUCAUGCUCGGACAACCAGAAUCCAGACCAAAUUUGGCACGAUCGAAGGGUUAUGGAGCAGGAGCACCAGAGGAAGGCUCGUGGCGCACUACCUGGGAAUCCCUUAUGCGGAGCCACCCAUUGGCUACCUGAGAUUCAAGGGUCCACAACCUUGGUCCCGGACGUGGAAUACUACGUACUAUGCCACAAAAGAUGGCUCACCGUGCAUUCAAAGAGGUUCUAACAAAGAAGUUGUGGGCAGCGAGGACUGUUUAUACCUUAACGUUUAUGUACCUAUAAUUUCAGAUAAAGGGAAUGCGAGCAGCAAACUUCCGGUGAUAGUGUUUGUUCACGGUGGGCGAUACGUUGAUGGCUCGAGUGAUAGCAACAAGUUCCCUCCAAACUACUUGAUGGAUCAGAAUAUAAUUCUAGUUGCGAUGAACUUUCGUCUUGGCGUUCUGGGAUUCUUCAGCAUGGGGAACAAAGCCGCUCCAGGAAACUACGGGGUGAAGGAUGUCGUGGAGUCCUUGAGAUGGAUCCAGGAGAACAUAGAGGCCUUCAACGGUGAUCCAAACUCCGUGACAUUGUGGGGCAACAGCGUCGGGGCUGCUCUCGUUCAUGCUUUGACUAUGACCCCCAAAACAGAGGGGUUGUUUCAUAGAUACAUUUUGCAAAGUGGAUCCGCUUUUUCCAUGUGGGGUAUAGUAGAAAGGACCUCGCUGCUUCGGACUUCGAUGGAAGUAGUCGAACGACUAGGCUGCCUUCCACCCAAAAAUAUGAAAAACAAUUGUGACGAUGAUAAGUGCGUUGAAGAGGAAAGCAAGGAUAUAAUGUGUUGCAUGAGAGCUGUCGAAGAUUGGAAGUUUGCUAGUGUAAUCAAUACGAGUUUGGCGUCAGAUUAUCUUGUGGGUACUUUAGCACCCACACUCGAGGAAGAAUCUGAAGACGCCAUCCUGACGGUACAUCCUCUCACAGCUUUGAGGAACCGCAUGGUCAGAGAUGUACCUUGUAUAAUAGGGAUAAACAAGGACGAGGGCGAUUUCAUAUCCCGGAGGUAUUGGUUCCAGGAGACCUAUCGAAACGAUUUGGAAGAUCUUGUACCCGUUAUUCUGGAAUAUGAUCACUUAGAUACGAACACGACCGCUCUCACCAGCGCCAUAGAAGACUUCUACUUCGAUUCGAAUUUCACUAAAACAUUCACUCGCAAUAUCUCUCAGGCAUUAGGCGACGAACAUAUAACAUGGCCAACAUACAUGACUGCAAAGUACCUAUCAACAGUCAUGAAUUCUAGUAUCUAUUUUUAUUUGUUUAACUACGUGGGUACAUUCAGCUCCAGUUUCAUGUUUGAAAUCGGAAGGCAUGGAGUAACGCAUUGCGACGAUUUAAAUUAUUUGAUUCCACACUUAAACAAAAAAUACAAGAUUCUGAUGUUACACAACACCGAAACCGAUGAGACUAUGAUAAAUAUAAUGACAGAAAUGUGGGCCAGCUUUGCAACCAAUGGAGUGCCAAGAGCGUGGAAAGUGCCUGCAUGGCCUGAUUUCAAGACCUCCCAACAGUUUCUGCUAUUUGGGAACAACACAGAUCCAGACAUCGUGGUAGAAAGUGAUUUUUUCCCAGAGAGAAUGGCGUUUUGGGAGGAGAUGACGAAGAAGUACAAUCUAUAUCACACGAAUCUGAUGAACGAACCGCCAAUUAAAAAGAAAGAAUUUAACUCCGGUAUUUCUUACAAAUACAAUAAAUUGUUGGUUUGUUUAUUGUUAAUUUUCAUCGUUUGCCUGCCGUAAAUUGAUUUGUUCUUAUAAUAUGUGUACAAAUAAAACACCGUAAUAACUUUG